AUGGUGCACCGCCCAGCCGACUCGCGCCUGCUCGCGAACCUUAUAACCAACGAGAAAGACUAUUCUAAACACCUCCACGCUCUCUUCCCCCUCUCACAUACUGCCCUCGCUUCUCUCUCUGCAUAUGCAUCUGCGUCUCCAUCUUCCCCAGCACAUGCCCUCACCUCCCUUGUCGACAUUCUCGCCGGCGUCGACGAUGCAUUCCAGCGGUACACAUCCGCCGUGGACAAAUGGCGCGAAGAACUUACAGCACUCAAGGCGCUCGAAGAUGAAGUUGGAGACGUGCUUCGUGAUCGAGAGAUACUCGUGACACGACUCAUCAAGGCGUCCAAGACGUCCAAACGCGACUCGCGCCCACCGUUUUCUAUGCGCAACUCUGAGACUGACUCGUUCUCUUCCACACCUUCGAACGUCUCCUCGAACACUAAACUCUCUCAUGCUCAAGCCGAACUGUCCGCCUGCGAAGCUCAUCUCGCUGCCAAGGAGCAAGAACUCGAAGCGCGACGCAUAAGUGCCAUACGGGACGGCCUGGGCCACCGCUGUCGUGCCCUCGUAGAUUGCGGCUGGGUGAUGGGUGAGAUGGGAAAAGAUGGUUUGCGUGCGCUGCAGGAGCUCGGCGGGCUACCGAACGGACACGCCCCAAAUGGCUCAGCCCCCUUCCCCUCCGCCUCCCCUUCCCCGAACGCGUCCAAUAAACCAAACCUACCAUACCUCUCUCCGACGCCGAUACCCGCCCACCUCCAAUCGAACAACGGCACAGGCGUAGGCUCCGACAUCUCCUCCUUGACGCCCUCUCAAAGCGCCUCCCAGAUCUUCGUCCGCGGGUCCGAAGACGACCACCACGUCCCCGCGUCGCCCACCGCCAAAGACGCCCACGAACAAGAAGACGUGAUGCUGCACAUUCC